ACAAAAAAAAACGAAUAUUUGAAAUUAAAACCCUAGCUCUGAGAGACUCUGUAGCUCCACGAAGUUCAAUUUGUCAACGAAAAUGGCGAUUUUCCAAUCAAGGACUUUCCUUUCAAGAAGCUUUUCAACUCUUUCUUCCCAUCCUUUGCGCGUCUGUGUUGUUGGGAGUGGACCCGCUGGCUUCUACACCGCUGAAAAGAUGUUGAAGGCGCAUCAAGGAGCGCAAGUUGAUAUCAUUGAUAGAUUGCCGACGCCAUUUGGACUCGUCCGGUCCGGCGUAGCACCUGAUCAUCCCGAAACAAAGAUUGUCGUGAACCAGUUUUCCCGGGCUGCACAACAUGAACGGUGCUCAUUUUUUGGAAAUGUGACACUUGGAUCUUCUAUUUCUCUCACAGAGCUUCGUGAGCUGUACCAUGUGGUUGUUCUUUCCUACGGUGCUGAAAGUGACAGAGUUCUUGGUAUACCAGGAGAAGAUCUGAUUGGCAUACACUCAGCUAGAGAAUUUGUUUGGUGGUAUAAUGGGCACCCAGAUUUCAAAAACCUAGAUCCUGACUUGAAGAACACGGAUACGGCUGUCAUUCUUGGUCAGGGCAAUGUAGCACUUGAUGUAGCACGCAUCCUUUUACGACCACCAACAGAAUUGGCAACAACUGAUAUUGCCAGCCAUGCUUUGGCUGCUUUAGAGGAGAGCUCUAUCAGGAAAGUGUAUUUGGUUGGACGACGUGGACCAGUCCAAGCAGCUUGUACUGCUAAAGAGCUACGUGAAGUUCUUGGUAUUAAAGAUCUUUAUAUUCGUAUACAAGAAGCUGAUCUUCUUAAAGCACCAGAAGAUGAGGAAGAGCUAAAGAAUAAUCGAAUUCAAAGGAGGGUUUACGAGUUGCUCUCUAAGGCAGCAGCCACUGCACCUUCCUACCCAAGGUCAGGUCAACGUGAACUCCACUUUGUUUUCUUCCAGAAACCAGAUAGAUUUCUAGAAUCAGAUGAAAGAAGAGGCCAUGUUUCUGGUCUGCACUUUGAGAAGACAACUCUUAAAGGUGUUGGUGGCGGAAAACGUAUUGCAGUUGGUGUUGGACAAUAUGAAGACCUUGAAUGCGGGAUGGUGCUAAAGAGCAUUGGUUACAAAUCAGUUCCAGUCGAUGGUUUGCCCUUUGAUCAUCAGAAAGGUGUGGUUCCGAACAUUAGAGGUCGAGUUCUACGUGAUACAUCAGGGGAUCCGACUCUGCUUGAGGGUUUGUAUGUUUGUGGGUGGUUGAAAAGAGGACCAACCGGAAUAAUUGCUACAAAUCUCUAUUGUGCUGAGGAAACGGUUUUGAGCAUAUCUGAAGACCUUGAUCAAGGAGUUUUGGCAACAAAAUCUGGCCUGCCCAAGCCAGGCAGAGAGGGUCUUCUUCACUUGUUAGAGAACCGAAACGUCCGAGUUAUACCAUUCAGUGAUUGGGAAAAGAUAGACUCUACAGAAAGGAGGCUUGGGAGUCUUAAAAACAAACCCAGGGAAAAAUUAACCACAUCGGAGGAGCUCCUGCAAGUCGCCAUGGAAUAAAUCAACUUCCCUUUUCAGAGGAUCUUCUUUUCUUUUCUUUUUUCAUUUUUUUUUUUUUUUAAAAAAAAACCUUAAUCGAAUACUAUCAUUUUUUUUAAUCCUUAUUACAGAAAAUGAAAGAAAAAAUCUCCUCUCUUUUUUUAUUUUUAAUAAAGGGAAAGUCUUUCCCCACUCAUUGUAUCUUCAUUAACCUCGAGGCUGUAAUCUCUUUUUAUUUUAUUUAACGCAAGUAUUCCUUCUUUUUAUGUCUUAGCUUGGUGGCAAAUGUCUUUGUUCU